UGUGUGCAGGAAACCAGUCAAGAUGGCGGCGUCCAUGGUCAGCGAUUGAUUCGUUAAACUGUUUGUUGUAAUCUGAUAUAGCGCGUGCUGAGAAACCACCUUGACCCGGGGGCAAGGGAAACUGAGCCUCACAAGUACGUGGCAUUAGGAGUAACGUGAUGAUUGACCUCGCAGAUUUUGGCUUGCCUGGAGAAAGUGCUACGUUGGCAAAGUCUGUUAAGUCCACACCACACUGUUAUUAUGCGAUGUGAGAGCAGGCGAACGUCUUCACGUUGCUUCCUCUUCGACGCUUCGUAGGCCUCCAACUUACAAGCUAAUGUUGCACAUACAUGUAGUUAGACAGCAGUAAAAAAAAAGAUCGGGUCUAGUGAACAGAAAAUAUAUAGGCCUACUAAAUUAGUAGAAGUGCUCAGUAGUAAAAGGACCAGUUUAUGCGAAAUGGAAUUUGAACAGAGCUCUGUAUGGUGACACAGGUUUUCAGUGUUGACCUAAGGCUGUUCAAAUAAGGAGUCAUCUACUACGAGUCCAGCAAACAAGCCAAGGUCUGAGUAGAACAUGGGUAGGCAGACAAAAUCCGGCAUGGCAAAGAUCGUGUUUAUUAUGCCCGUUGUCUUCAUUCUCUUCAUCAUUUAUAUCAUCUCAACAUGCAAUGAUGGUUCGGGUAGCCAGCAUGCCAAGCCAGUGACGUGUGAGCCGCGCCAGCCCAACCGUAAGGAUGGGCCAAAAAGUGCCGUUGCUCCCCCGCGGCCCAAGAAGAAGCUGUCGGCAUACCUGGUGGUCCUAAUCAUGACAGGCCCACAGCUGGUGGAGCGGCGCUACACCAUCCGGGAGACCUGGCUGCAGAAGAGUGGUAAGGAGGUCAUGGCCAAGUUUGUAGUGGGCACAGCGGAGCUGAAAGAAUCUGACAAGAAGAUGCUGGACGCCGAGCAGGCUCGACACAAGGACCUGCUGUUCCUACCCUCACUGAAGGAUUCCUUCGGCUCGCUCACGAACAAGCUGAUCCAAAUGCUGACGUGGCUGGACCAGAAUGUUGACUUCCAGUACAUGCUGAAGGCAGACGACGACACAUACGUCCGACUAGAUGCGAUGGUGAAAGAACUGAAGAGUAAGAAUAAGGAGAAGCUGUACUGGGGGUUCUUUGAUGGGCGAGCUCACGCCCACCGCACCGGGCGGUACGCUGAAACAGACUGGGUCCUGUGUGAUCGGUACUUGCCGUACGCCAUGGGUGGUGGGUAUGUGUUGUCGUCUGAUCUGGUUAGCUUCAUUGCGAAUAAUGCCCCAUACCUAAAGAGGUACCACGCCGAAGAUGUCUCGGUCGGCUCCUGGCUGGCAGCUGUGGACGUCAAGCGCGAGCACGACCCGCGAUUCGACACUGAAUUUAAAUCCCGCGGCUGCCGCAAUGUCUACAUCGUCACGCACAAACAGACGAUACAAGACAUGAGAUCCAAGUACCAGCAGCUACAGACCACUGGGAAACUCUGUGCCAAAGAGCAGCAGUUCAGGCUAUCGUAUGUCUAUAACUGGGACAAGGUACCCACCGAUUGUUGUGAACGGGUGGAAGGGGUACCUUAAGAAAGAUAAGCAGGACCCCCCCCUUCCAGCUCUUGAAGGGUCUGCCAAAACUUCGCCCUUUUCUUAUUCUUUACUGAACUGCUCAUUGGCAAAAGUAAAGCAAGUCACAAGUUGUCAGAACUUGUCAGGUCUCUCGUCAAAAGCUAUUCAAAUGAACUGUAGCCAAGACAUUCCAUAAUCAUCGUCCAUCCUUUGUAACUUGUAACCAAACUUACAAAUGAGUUUGUGGAUUGAUUUUGACAAACCAAGUCUUGGAAUAGGGUUUUUCUGUCUGUUUUUUGUAGUCUUCCAGCAUUCCAUUUUUGUAAAGGGUUGAACGGAACACUGCCAUGAGGGGGAAGGCAAUAUUUAGGUCGGGGGAAGAUGUACAUGUCGUCGUUAAUGCGAUGGUUGUCAUGUCUCUUGCCGCUGUUUUCUGACCAUUACACAACAGGGUCCCUGCCGUACCAAAACACGACACAGUUAGUGGUGAAAUAUGCUGCCAGAUUCUUGCCAUGAACAGAGUCAUGUGGUGAAUGCACAUUUACAUCAUGUGGAAAUAGUUUUUUUUUUUGGUAACUUGUUACGUUUGCCAUCAUUUGGUAGCAAGGACAUAAAAUGUGUACAUGUAUGUAUGUCAAAUAAUUUAGAAAUGAAUUCCUUUUUGUUGUUUUUCUUCAUUGAUUUUCAGGCUUGGCCAUUGGAUAGUUCAGCAUUAAAAGAAUUAUGCACGUUUUUUGUAAUUAAAGUAAAUUUAUAUGCUAUGUAAACUGAUGGUCAAACAAACCAGACACUUCAUUUUGGUUCAUGAUAUCGCUAAGUCAAAGUGUUCCGUUUAACUUCCAAACGAGACUUCAUUUGACGAGUUGCAUCAAAGGAUACGUUGGACAGUAUUGUAAAAGUCUGUUGUAUACAGAAAGCUACACGUUCUUGCCAUUUUGGACUCAUUCAACUUUGCUUAAUUUUGGUCAGUAAAAGUCUUUAACAUUUUGUAGUUCGUAGUUUUUUGGGUUUUUUUAAAGUUUUUCAAAGCUGUUGUUUAAAAAUGCCAACUCUGAAGAAAAAGUACCUUUAUAUGCAGUACAAAUAUUUUAAAUAGAAAUGGUUCUUUAACACCUUAACUUUCCCGUUGCUUUUUCUUGCCAACUCAGCAAGCUACCACUGCCAAGUUUUGAAAAUGAACUCAGAAGCACAAAGUAUCUGCAAGUAAAGGGCUGAUGUUUUUUUUGUGAUCGUGCAACAUUCUCUACAGCAACCUGACAUCGUCAUGCAUAUUGAAUGUAUUACAGUUUGUCAAAAGUAUUUGGAUGGGAAGAAAGUCAGUUUGUUACAAAUUCAUUAUUUGAGAAGGGGCAUUCGUUUGGUAUCAGUGUUUCACACUUCUAGGAAACAUCUAAAAAGUUCUGAUGUUGAUUAGAAAUUUUGGUUGUGCUGAGAAAAAUCAGAAAAGAGUGCUUCAAGGUGUCUCCAAAUUUGACGCAUUUCUGUUCGGUAUUUCUCAGUGUCAGAUGUUCAAGCAAAUGACGCUGAAAGACUCUGAACUUUUUUAAAAUCGAAAACGUAAAAUAAGAACACUUUAUUGGAGAUUGUCCUGAUCUUAAAAUUUACAACCGUUAUCUGAAAAUUCAACAAAUCAUGCAAGUCUAGGAUGGCAUAAAUUUGUAUGAAACUAAAUUACUCAUUUACAAAUUGCACCAUACGUGCAAAGGUUAGCACAAUCAAUAUUCAUGUUUACAAAUGAAUCUGACAUUAUUAGACAGUAAAUCCUGGAUUUCUGAUCGCAUUAAAGUGGUCAGAUUGUAUACAUGAUAAAAAAAGUAUGCGUCUUUUACAAAAGAAAUCUUGCAUACAUUUUCAUCACCACACAAGACAAAAAAAGGAAUGAUAUGAAAAGAAACACACAGAGAACAAAAACAAAGAGAAAAUAUUGACACAUGUAGCAUUCGAACCUUUGCCUCUGCAUUACUGUAAGGUGCCCCGUCAAACAACCAAUUCAUUCUGUCAGGUAUUGACGAUCUCAAAAAUUCACUAAUGUCUUUGAGGAUUUUUCUUGGUAUUGUCUCUGCCUUUGCCUCUGACACAAACCACUCGAGGCUAAUAAUGUUCCAACUUGCAAAGGAAACGUGUACUCCCGUCCAUGGGUCAAUUGCAAAUAAUUUCAACGCACCUCUGGCAAAAUAUGAGGGUUUUUUUAUCUUGCUGAAAAUAAUGGUGAAGGGUUUGAGGAGGAUGGAAUCUGGCAAUGCACAGAAUACAGACAAAGUUAAGAUCUGGAAAACCGUCUUUGUCUUGGAGAUGCUCCUCGGGAGCCAGGCAACCCAUACAGACAGUGUGGUCAUGUGAGAUUGUGGCCAAGUCGUAAAGUCUCUGAGCUGAGACAGCUGGUGAUCACUCACACAGGAUACAGCCUGCUUUUUCCUUUGUGAAAAAUAAUUUCAAUUGAAGUGUAACUUGAUCAAAGGCUGCUGAAACUGCUUCAUAAAAAAAUAAACAUACUGCACAAAGCCAGAACAAGAAGUACUCUUUCAAACUAAACAAUAUGGACUCUUUGUUCCUUAAAUUUGUAUUCUACAAAUCUGGGGUCCGACGUGGGACAAUUUUCCAUCCCUGUUAUGCCUGGCAAGGGAUAUAUCACUGAAACUGUUGUUAUUUAUUUGGCGGAUAAUUUGCAGUACUUAUUCAAUCUUGGACAUUGAAGAAUGAGUUCUAAACAUUAAAAAAAAAAAA